UGUGUGUGUGUGUGUGUGUGUGUGUGUGUGUGUGUGUGUGUGAGACCUUUCCAAAGCUUAUGUGCCUGUUUGUGUAUCUUCUGAAGGACCCAGAGAGCCGGGACAUCUGCACUCAGGACCCGGCUACAUGCAGGACCAGGAUAACUCCGAUAACAACACCAUCUUCGUCCAAGGCCUGGGGGACGACUACACGGUGGAGUCCGUGGUGGACUUCUUCAAGCAGAUCGGGAUCAUCAAGGUGAACAAGAAGACGGGGAUGCCGAUGAUCAACCUGUACACCGACCGGGACACGGGGAAGCUGAAGGGAGAAGCCACCGUGUCGUUCGACGACCCGCCGUCUGCCAAGGCCGCCAUCGACUGGUUUGACGGAAAGGACUUCAAUGGAAACCCGAUCAAAGUGUCGUUCGCCACCCGCAGGGCCGACUUUGGAGGCCGAGGCGGUAUGAGGGGAGGCCGAGGACGAGGAGGGCCAAUGGGUCGCGGAGGAUUCGGAGGAGGUCGCGGUGGAGGUUUCCCAGGAAGCAACGGGGGAGCGGGAGGAGGGGGAGGGGGCGCACCGGGAGGAGGAGGAUUGGGAGGAGGAGCAGGAGGAGGAGGACAGCAGAGAGCUGGAGACUGGAAGUGUCCAAACCCUAACUGUGGAAACCUGAACUUCUCGUGGCGUAACGAGUGUAACCAGUGCAAGGCGCCGAAGCCGGAGGACGCCGGCGGGAUGCCCCCCAUGGAGAGAGGUGAGGCUCGCCUGGGACUGACGCUGACCACAUACGGGCUCCCCAAGGUGUGA